AUGGUUGAUGAUGCUAUUAGUUCAUCCGGACCAGUUGAACGUGAAAUAUUAAAUGACGCUGUAUCAUCGAUGGAACAACGUAUUAGUACUAAACGGUCAAAUACUGCUAGUUGGCAUUCAUCAAAAUCAAAAUGGCUUCCUACCACAACGACACAUGAUUAUUCUGUCAAGAACAUUGAAGAAAUUCCGUCUCAUUUUAUAUGUCCAUAUUGUAAAUUAGUAUUUCGUGAGCCAUAUCAACUUGUCUGUGGACAUCAAGCGUGUCAAUCAUGUAUUAAUUUUACAAAUAACGAAAUGAUCUGUUUAACAUGUUCUAAAGUUUCAUCCAAGGAAAAUAUUCGACUUGAUCACGAUUUUUCUAGAAAAGUACAACAAAAAUUAAUAUCGUGUUCGAUAUGUGAUUGGAUUGGAUCUUUGGCGAUCUAUCAACAACAUAUCGAUCAACAACAUCAUAAUAUUGAAUCUAAGGCUAUGAUGAUAGAUGUACAUACUCAGCAGUAUGAUCAUAGCAAUCUUAUACAAGAUGUAAAUAAGACUGAAACACAACAAGAAAUUGUAUCAAAUAUUUUUUCUUCUUCAUGUUCUAUAUUACUGCCACAUAAUAGUAGUACAAUUAAUAAUCAACAACAAAAUCAUAAUAUAAUUCGUCAUAAUCAUAGAUUACUUGAAACUAUUGACGUUGUUCUUUCUCCUGAUCUCAAAAUUAGUUAUGAUUUAUUAGCUCAAGAAUUAUGGCCAAUGAAACAAGCUUCAGACAAUGCAUUACGUACAUCUGAUUGUGGUACAUAUAGAUGGAAAAUAAGUGAUGUUCAAAAGAAAAUAGGUAUUAUUAAUAUUGCUUCUGAUGCACAAUCAGGACGACAAAAAUCGAUCUAUUCACCUGCAUUUUAUUUAUCACCAACAGGCUAUAAAAUGUGUUUAAGAUUGUAUUUAAAUGGUGAUAGUGAUGUUCGUGGUAGACAUAUAUCUUUAUUUUUGGUUAUAAUGCGAGGUGAAUAUGAUGCUUUUAUUGACUGGCCAUUUUCUUAUGAAGUAUUAUUUCAUUUAAUUGACCAAUCAACAUUAAAUAAUAAUCAACGAAAUAUAAUAGCUUCGUUUUGGCCUGACACAAGUUCAGAUUCUUUUCAACGACCUUUUUAUAGUAUGAAUCAUGGUUAUGAUAAUACGAUGUUUAUUGAGACUAAAAUUAAUACUUUAAACGAGAGACCAGUAUCAUCCUCAAUUUUGUAUACAGGUGGAUCGCCUAAGGAUGAAGAGCACAUAGAUACAACUGAUGAAGAUUUUACGAACAUAAACUAA